ACCACUGCCCCUUCUUUGCCGGCAACCACGGCGGCGCCACCGCUAAACCUACCGCGAAUGUCCACCACCACCGCCAUGAGGUGCGCCUUCGCGGCGCCUGUGCAUGGAGCAGCACCUACCGUUACUGCCCCCACGGCCUGCCGCACCUCCACCAUGCGCUGCUGCUUGACCACGCUCUCCACCCCGACCUGCUCGCCGCUUCCAACCUUAUUUCCUCACACGCGCUCAGGAACGCGCUGAUCGACGCAUGCUCCAGGAACGGGGCGGGUUCUUGGACGCCAGCAAGGUGUUCGAGGAAAUGCCGAGAAGAGACAUGUGUCCUGGAGCACGGCCAUGGCUGCGAUGGUGCGACAGGGGGAGGUGGCCAAUGCGAGGAUGAUGUCUGAAGAGAUGCCAGAGAAGGAGAUGGUAAGCUGGGACAUCUAUGCUGAGGCUGGGCAGUGAACGGAUGUGUCAAAAGCAAGAAUGCAAAUGCAGGGAACUGGGUCUCAAAGGUCAGCAGGGUUAAAUUGGAUUACCCACGGAUGGAAGCAGGGUCAACUGGGUCUCAAAGGUCAAAACGGAUGGAAGCACUGGCUCCAGUGAAUCCUGCAACCAGAAAGAUGCUGUGACAUGACAAGAAAUCGCUGUGUCGUGUUACAGGAUUACCCACGAUGGAUUGAGAACCCAGAGACCCGUGCAAGGAUUUCUCAGCAUCUGCUCUUCUGCCAUCAGAAUGUCUUGGAGACGAAGCAGCAUACAGUCUUCGGUAAAAUUCCGAGUCAGAUAAGGAGGAAUUGAUUAAGCCAGCAGACGUAAUCCAGUUUCUUGUGAUCUAAGGACUCUUGGCUGGAUAAAACUCCUUGUACACCAUUGCUUCACAUUCGAGAACUUUGACCAGGAACAAAAGUUGAAGGCAAGACCUAUCUUCCAGAAUACUCGGUACUCGUCCACUUGCAGAUUGUAGACUAAACUUGAAAGCAAUUGGUGGUUAUCAUAACACAUGGAGAAUAAACCAAUUGAGCAUCUUAGUAACCGCUUCACAGUAACACCCACAAAUGGAUCUGCAUAUGCUGAGAAGGAAAUGCUAAAGCAGACUAUACUUGCACAGGAAGCUACAUUCCGGAAACAGGUCUAUGAACUCCAUCGUCUGUACAAGGUUCAGAAGGACCUAAUGGCAUUACAAUGCCGAGGAGGUGAAUCAAAGGGAUAUUCUCAAGCCAUAUCAUAUUCAUUACCAUCUGGGGGUAUAAGAAGAGUCCAGCAAAUGGGGCCUCCUGCAGGACAUGAUAUGAGGAAACCUUCUGGAAAAUUCAUGAAGGGAAAAAAUAUAGAGCGUGGCUUGAACAGAGUGGCUAUGAGGCAUAGCAAUAGCGGGUCCACAAAAGAAAUGCUCCUUCAGGUUCCAGCUAAUGCAGAUGAUAGUGAUGAUGAUGUGGUGACAGUAUGGGAGAACCCUGCAAAGAGUUUGCCAAGAAAUAGUGGUUCAGUUGGUACAAAUCUGAAGCUUAGCAUUGAACGCACCUCACCCAUGGACAAGAAUUGGGCCACUGGUUUACAGCCAUCAGGUGUCUCAACAGUGAAUGCUUUGAACAAAAAAGUGAUAGGGUCACCUAGCACUAUGAAGAAGACAAACUUCGCAAGUGUGAGUGCCUCCAGUUCUAAGAACCAGUGUUAUUCAUACGACCAUAAAUUAAAAGAUCGAAGCAGUGGCAUGGAAUGGCUCACACACAAGAAAACUGGUGUUGAUUCCUCAACUGUGCAUUACCAGUCCACCUCUAGCAUCAUCAAUCCAGGAAUAUUUGUAGCAUCCAGCUCCAAUGCUGCACCCAGAUCUCUAUGGCAAAGCAGCGCCACAGAUUACAUGACUAGGAGGCAUUAUGCUGACGCUGAAUUUCCCAGUGCUCAGAAUGGCCGACUUCCAACAUUUCAAAGAUAUCACCGCCUUCAUUCAUCAGAGAUUCCUGGAGGGGCUCAGUAUCAACAUCCUUCCCCAUUUUAUGAUUGUCCCAAGGAUGUGAAUCUGAACAAUGGUCCUCGAGAUGCAACUGCCACUCUAGGACAAGCAAGUGAGAAUGCAUCAAAGGAAAUCUUGUGGGACGGAAAGAAGCUGCGAAACUUGAUGAAGAAAAUCACCAUGAAGAAAUCACAAGUGUCACCGAGUCGUGAGAAUGGGCAUUCCCAGAUUUCUCCUGGUUCCAUGGGUUAUUCAGGAGGUAGUACAAGAAUCCUUGGUUUCACUAUAAGUGCAGCGACCGAGAAAGAUUCUCAACGCUCAUCCACUUCGUCCACUACACACAUGGCCACAGACAGCACACCCUCGAGCAAGGGUGUAGCUGACAUGGAAAUGCAAUUCCAGAACAAGAAGGAUGGCACCAGUGUCAGAAACCUCAUUGACCUGAAUGUUGCACUGCCGUUCAUGGAUGUCGCAGAGAUUGAUGCCCGCCAGUCAGAAGGCGACAGUGUUCCUGAAGAACCAGAUGGUCCUUCCACUGCUGCAGCAAAGAAUCUCAUGGUCAUGCAUACGGGUGAAUUCCAAGCAGGACCACCUCAAGGUAAUAUUCUGCAUUGGUUUGCUGGCCUCGCGACAUCAGGGGAGAGCACAGUGGUCUGUAGUAGUGAAAUGAACAAUGUUGAUACGACUCUGAAGCUUUGACGCUGCAAAUGUUCGACACCAAAGACUGUGUUUCCCACAAAGCCAACUCAAGCAUAGCGACACCUCAAGAAGACAUCAAGAAGGACAUUGUGUAGGUUCAGAUUUAACUUUAGAUUUCUUAGUUGAUGGGAAUCUACUACUCCCUCCGAUCCUAAUUGUCGCUGAUUUGUACUAAAUCAGCGACAAACUAAUAUGGAUCGGGGGGAGUAAGAAGUUUCGGAGAAUCGAGGAACUAGUCCCAUAGUUCACAACUCUAUCGCGGGCUCUAGAAACGCAAACAUCGUUCUUGUUACCUUUGUUUUACAGCAAACUCUGUUUCAGGAUUUAUUUUUUCAACGAAUGCUUUGUUUUAAUAUCA